AGGCUCAAAGCGGCGUCGUUUGAAUCGAAGAUAGAAACAGUCAUGUCAUACAUAGAGCGCGCAUAGAAGAGGUUCGCUCUGCGCUGAGACGCAGAGUUUAAAGAAUAAAAAAGAUCAAAACCAGAGAAAGAAAUGGCGGUGGGUUCAGCGUACUGGGCUUCCGUACGGGUAAUAUGCGGCACCAUUGCCGGUGGCAUUUUAGGCUUCUACGUUAUGCAUCGUGUUGAAAUUAGCUAUAAGGAGAAGAUGAAGGAGAGAUUGAGAAGGUAUGAGAUUGAGAUGAAGAAGAGGCAAGAGAAGUUGAAUGAGCUUGAGGAUUCUGCCUAGUUUAGCAUGUUAAAUGCAGUAGUUUUAAGCCUUUCCUUUUUCAUUUCAUUAUAAGCUUUUUGGUUCGUGUGACAUUGUAGAAAGUUAAGAAAGAAAAUAAAAUUUUGAAUAUUUUGUAUUAUGUUGUUUUAAUUACCGAAAUAAUGAGAAAUUUAAUUGUGAGUGAAA